GCGGCAGGAGCAGGAGCAGUGGAGAGGUGGGAGCGCUGCAUUAUCCCUAGCCCCGGCAGCAGGAGAGGAGGAGGAGGAGGAGGGAAAAAAAAAAAGAGGAGGAGGAGGAGGAGGAGAACGCAGAGGUGCAAGCAAGCCUUGCUCCAGAUCCGCUGGAGCCCCUGAGGGACACACAGGGUAGGCUCCAGGGAACACCACCGAUCACCCCAGCCCUGGCGGCGGAAGCAGGCGAGAGGGACCGGUGCCUGUUCAGGUGAGCCGGAGGGGGUGGGCCAGUGCUAACGGGCCCCCCUCCCGCUCUGUAUUCUAGAGCCGCUGGGCAUCCCGGGGCAGGACAAUGGGUGGAGGCCAGUGUGGUCAUGGGCAGCGCUGAGGAGCCGGAGAGCCUGCAGCUGCGCAGACCGGACCCCGUCCCCGAGGAGGCCGCUCGCUUGCCGGGAUUGGCUGCCCCUCGCCGCCGGCCGGACGAGAGCUGCGGGGCCCGCGACCGGGCCAUGAGGAACUGCUGUGGGGAGGAGCCGGCUGUCCUGGGCACAGGAUCCACCAGGGGGUCGGGCGAGAAACCCGGGGAGAAGGCCCCCGGCCGGGGGGCGGGGAUGGCCGCCGCUGGGGAGAUGCCGGGGGAGCCGGGGGACCCCAGGAGCCAGUCGGACCUCAGUGGGAGUCCCCAGGGGGCCCCGGGCUCAGCCGCCGGAGAGGAAGGGGGCCGCCAACCGGCCGGGGUGGAGGAGGCCGCCACGGGGGCUUCUGGGAAGCCAUGUGUAAAGUCUUCAGGGGCCCGGGAGACCCCCUCCCUGGUGGAAGCAGAGGCCGCAACUCCAACGAAGCCUAGUGCUACUGCUGUUGGAGAGGUGGAGGUGCCGAGCUCUGGGAAGCAGGAUUUUGUGGCCCCCGAGAAGCAGGAGACUGCAGCCUCUGGGAAGCUGGAGACUGCGGCCUCUGGGAAGCUGGAGACUGAAGCCUCUGCGAAGCUGGAGACUGCGGCCUCCGGGAAGCUGCAGACUGCGGCCCCUGGGAAGCUGGAAUCUGUGGCCUCUGAUAAGCUGGAGUCUGUGGCCUCUGAUGAACUGGAAUCUGUGGCCUCAGCUCAGGUGGAGUCCGCGGCCCCUGGGAAGCCGGAGUCUGUGGUCCCUGGGAAGCCGGACUCUGUGAUCCCUGGGAAGGGAGAUUCUUUGACCUCCAAGAACCAAGUCUCUGCAGCCUCUUGGAAGCAGGAUUCUGCAGCCUCUGGGAAGCAAGAUUUUUUGGCCUCUGGGAAGCAGGAUUCUUUGGCCUCUGGGAAGAAGGAUUUUGUGGCCUCUGGGAAGAGAGAUUCUGCAGCCCCAGGGAAGCAAGAACCUGCAGCCUCUGGAGAGGUAGUUUCUGCAACCUCUGAGAAGCAAGACUCUGCAGCCUCUAGAAAGCAGGAUUCUACCUCCUCCAGGAAAAACGAUUCUGAGGUCUCUGGAAAGGCAGAUUCUAUGGUCUCUAGGAAGAGCGAUCCUGCAGCUCCCAGGAAACAGGAUUCUGCAGCCUCUGGGAAGGGAGAUUCUGCGAACUCUGGGAAGGGACACCCCACGGCCUCUGUGAAGGGAGACUCUGCCGCUCCUGGAAAGGGAAUUUCUCCAGUCUUUGGGAAGGAAGAUUCUGCAAACUUUGAGAAGAAAGAUUCUGUAUCUCCCUGGAAGCAGGAUUCUGCAGCCUCUGGGAAGGGAGAUUCUGUGGCUCCCAGGAAGCAGGAUUCUGUGGCCUCUGGAAAGGGAGAAUCUACAGAUCCUGGGAAGCAGGAUUCUGCAGCCUGUGGGAAGGGGGAUUCUGUAGCCUCUGGGAAGGUAGAUUCUACAGCUCCCGGGAAGCAGGAUUCUGCGGCCUCUGGGAAGGGAGAUUCUACAGCUCCCGGAAAGCAGGAUUCUGCGGCCUCUGGGAAGGGAGAUUCUACAGCUCCCGGGAAGCAGGAUUCUGCGGCCUCUGGGAAGGGAGAUUCUACAGCUCCCGGGAAGCAGGAUUCUGCGGCCUCUGGGAAGGGAGAUUCUACUGCUCCCGGGAAGCAGGAUUCUGCGGCCUCUGGGAAGGGAGAUUCUACUGCUCCCGGGAAGCAGGAUUCUGCGGCCUCUGGGAAGGGAGAUUCUACUGCUCCCGGGAAGCAGGAUUCUGCGGCCUCUGGGAAGGGAGAUUCUACUGCUCCCGGGAAGCAGGAUUCUGCGGCCUCUGGGAGGGGAGAGUCUACUGCUCCCGGGAAGCAGGAUUCUGCGGCCUCUGGGAGGGGAGAGUCUACUGCUCCCGGGAAGCAGGAUUCUGCGGCCUCUGGGAGGGGAGAGUCUACUGCUCCCGGGAAGCAGGAUUCUGCGGCCUCUGGGAGGGGAGAUUCUACUGCUCCCGGGAAGCAGGAUUCUGCGGCCUCUGGGAAGGGAGAUUCUACUGCUCCCGGGAAGCAGGAUUCUGCGGCCUCUGGGAGGGGAGAGUCUACUGCUCCCGGGAAGCAGGAUUCUGCGGCCUCUGGGAGGGGAGAGUCUACUGCUCCCGGGAAGCAGGAUUCUGCGGCCUCUGGGAGGGGAGAUUCUACUGCUCCCGGGAAGCAGGAUUCUGCAGCCUCUGGGAGGGCAGAUUCUACUGCUCCCGGGAAGCAGGAUUCUGCGGCCUCUGGGAGGGGAGAUUCUACUGCUCCCGGGAAGCAGGAUUCUGCGGCCUCUGGGAGGGGAGAGUCUACAGCUCUCGGGAAGCAGGAUUCUGCGGCCUCUGGGAAGGGAGAGUCUACAGCUCCCGGGAAGCAGGAUUCUGUGACCUUCAGGAAGGGAGAUGCUGUGGCCUCCAGGAAACAGGAUUCUGCAGCCCUUGGGAAGGGAGAUUCUGCAGUUCUCUGGAAGCAGGAUUCUGCGGCUUCUGGAAAGGGAGAUUCAGUGGCCUCUGGGAAAGGAGACUCUGUGGCCUCCGGGAAGGGAGAUUCUGCAGCUCCUAGGAAGCAGGAAUCUGUGGCUUCUGGGAGGGGAGACACUGCGGCUUCCGGGAAGCAGGUUUAUGUAGUCUCUGAAAAGGCAGAUUCUGUGGCUGCCGGGAAGCAGGAUUCUGUGGCCUCUGCAAAAACAGAUUCUGAGACCUCUGAGAAGCAGGAUUCUAUGGCAUCUGGAAAGUUAGAUUCUGUAACCUCUGGGAAGGAAGAUUCUGCAACCUCUGGGAAGCAGGAUUCUGCAGACUCUGGAAAAGCAGAUUCUUUGGGCACCAGGAAGCAGGAUUCUGUGGCCUCUGGAAAGGCAGAUUCUGGGGCCUCCGGGAAACAGGAUUCUGUGGCUUCUGGGAAGGGAGAUUCUGUGGCCUCCGUGAAGCAGGAUUCUGCAGCUUCUGGGAAGGCAGAUUUUGUGGACUCCAGGAAGCAGGAUUCUAUGGCCUCUGCAAAGGCAGAUUUUGUGGCCUCUGAGAAAGGAGAGUCUGUGGCCUCUGGGAAGCAGGAGUCCGCGAGCCCUGAGAAGGGAGAUUCUGUAGCCUCUCAGCAGUCAGAUUCUGCAUCUUCUGGGAAAUUGGAUUCCAAAGCUUCUGAGAAAUCAGAUUCCACCUCCUCCGAAAAAUCCGAUUCCACAUCCUCCAAGAAAUCGGACUCCACCUCCUCCGAAAAGUCCGAUUCCACAUCCUCCAAGACAUCGGACUCCACCCCCUCCGGAAAGCCCGAUUCCACAUCCUCCAAGAAGUCGGAUUCCGCCUCCUCCGAGAAGUCCGAUUCUGCAUCCUCUAGUAAGUCCGAUUCUGCGGCUUCUGAAAAGUCCAAUUUCAUGCCCUCUGAGAGGUUGGAUUCCGCACCUGUCAAGAAAUCAGAUUCGCCGGGGGAAGCUGACGCCACGUCCCCCGGGAAGCGGGACUCGGGGGCAGCGGGGAAGACAGACCCCGUGCCUUCGGGGGGAGGGGGUGCCGAGAUUCCAGGAUCAACCCCGAAGGAACCUCCCCUGGGCACCGAGGAACCGAGCCGCGGGAGUGCCCUUCAGGGGAGCGGCUGGGGCCUCGCCCCCAGUGCUGCCCAAGCGCCUCCCUCCGCCGUCGAGCCCGGGGGUGGCCAGGCCCUCGAGGAGGCCGGUAGGCCGCCCCCAAUCCUCUCCGCCGCUAAGAGAGCAGGAGGGUCCGAGGCUCUUCCCGUAACUCGACGGGCCUCCCGGCCACCGGCAAGGCCGGGCCCAGGAGCGGGAGCGGCGCCCCUCGACCGGGAGGGAGACUCGGGGGUCCCUCCCCGGCCCGGCCCGGCCGACGGGGAAGCCCGGGAGAGGGCGGCGUCGGAGGCCGUCCGGGCCUCCCGCGCGGGCCCGGCCAGGACGAUGUCGAGCUCCGCCAAGGUGCCCUCCCUGGAGGUGACAUCCCCGCAGCGGGACGCGGGGACCCAGGUGGACACGAGGGCUCCCUCGGUGUCGGUGGCCGUGAGCCCCAUGACCCCCCAGGACGGCUCGGGGGCCGGGCCGGCGUUCAGCUUCCAGCUGGGCCGGGGCGGGCCGGCCUUCGGGGGGCCCGGGCCCAAGCCGUCCAAGGACGUGGAGAUGCAGGUGUCCGUGCCCGUGGAGACCCGCUCGGUGGCCACCGGACCCAUGACCCCCGUGACCCCGUCCCCCCUGGCCUCCUAUCCGGAGGUGCGGGUCAAGGGGGUCCCCGCCCCGGCCCCCGAGGAGGCCCCGCCGGAGCCGGUGAGGGAGGUCAGCUGGGACGAGAAGGGCAUGACUUGGGAGGUCUACGGGGCCUCGAUGGAAGUGGAGGUGCUCGGCAUGGCCAUCCAGAAGCACCUGGAGAAGCAGAUCGAAGAGCACGGCCGGCAGGGGGCGCUCACCCCUCAGGGCGCCCGCGCAUGCUCCGUCCAGGGCGGCCCGCGCCCCGCCGAGGCCAAGCGGCCGCCCGGCCUCUUCCGGGCGCUGCUCCAGAGCAUGCGCAGACCACGGUGCUGCUCCCGGGCCGGGCCCGCGGCCGAGUGAGCGCUCCCCCGUCUCCGUCC